UUCCAAUUGGACUGUCGAUUCUUCCCCGCUAUUGGACAUUCCUGCCAGUGCUCUGUACGGAGGAGUAUUUAAACAACUUAGCUAGCCGAGGAAGCAAGAUGUGAUUUUCCCGAGAUUGUUGAAGUAGACGCUAGAUUUUGGAUGAAAUAAACAAAAGAGAAAGGAUGUAGAUUGUCGGGAGGCUGGUGGGAUGGAGUGCUCCUGGAAGACGGUGGUGCUCCUGGUGUGUGCCUCCCUUGGGAUCCAGUACACAGCCAUCCGGUCCCUGAGGGCCUCGCUCCCCUCACCCUGCCCGGGCGGCGACCUCUGCCCCCACAGGGAUCUCAAAGAGUAUGGAUGGAGAUCGCUCUGCGACGAUGGAAUUCAGCCUCCCGGAACCUCCCACUUUCACGGCAGGAACCACAUCAUCCUUUUCGCGACCACUAGAAGUGGAUCGUCCUUCACCGGGCAGCUGUUCAACCAGCACCCUGACAUCUUCUACCUGUUCGAGCCGCUCUACCACGUUCAGCAGGCGUUCACCAACUCCAGCACGCGGCUUCGGAAAAUCCUGGACCGCCGCGCCUUGCUGGGCGCGUACAGAGACCUGCUCCACAACCUCUACAACUGCGAUUUCUACUUUUUGGAGAAUUACAUCAAACCGGAGCCCAGGGACCACGUCACGGGCUCAUUCUUCAGGAGGAGUUCCAGCAGUGCCUUGUGCUCUCAUCCAGUGUGUAAGGAACUCCCCGACACCGAAGAGCCGGAUGAAAUCUGGUGUUCUAAGAAGUGUCGGACGCUCAACCUCACCCUGGCUGCUAGAGCGUGCCAGAAAAGAGGGUCUAUGGCUAUUAAAACAGUUCGGAUCCCCGAAAUCAAGGACCUGAAGAUCCUCUCGGAGGAUCCAAGGCUGAACCUGAAGAUUGUACACUUGGUGCGAGACCCUCGGGGAAUCCUGGCGUCAAGGAUGGUCGCUUUCAUGGACCAGUUCCGCGCUUGGAAAAUAUGGAACGCCACUGGCAGGAGACCGCAUUACAUUGACCUCUCCCAGAUCACCAGGACGUGCCAAGAUCUGUCGGACUCAGCUGAGACUGGCUUUCAGAAACCCUCCUGGCUGAGAGGGAAGUACUUGCUGGUUAGGUAUGAGGACUUGGCUAAAAAUCCAGAAGAGAAAGCCAAAGAAAUUUACAAGUUUAUCGGCCUGGAGAUGGAUGAAAAAGUUCGCACUUGGAUAAUGCACAACACCAACAGAAGCGCAAUCCCAGAAGGGAAUUAUAAAUUUUCAACAACGAGAAAUUCCAAAGCUACCGCUGAAAGCUGGAGAUUAAAUCUGGCUUUUGAUAUUGUUCAGACAGUCCAAACUGUUUGCAAUAACACUUUAUAUCUGUUAGGGUACAAACCUGUGAAUUCAGUGACUGACCUGAGAAAUAUGUCCAACAGUUUAGUUGAGCCAAGAAAUUUUUUGCCAUUUUUGUGAUGAUGGUGUUGUUUAAAAGAUCAUAAUGUGGUAUGUAAGGACUUUAACACAAUAUGGAUUUUUGUAUUUGCCUGAUGGGUUUGUGUGAUCAUAAGACCUGAUGAACUGUGUAUUUUUCUAAUAAUAAUUUCAUCACAGUACACUGAAUAUUGAAAAGUACUGUUGAUUUUUCCAAUAUCAAACUAAUUCUGAAUGCUGUGCAACAGAUCACUUACAGCAGUGCGAAUCUCAGGUGACUGUAGACAUAAACAAUAUAAAAAAAUAUUUGUAAGUUUACAUAUCAUAGGUUCUGCUGAGUCAACUGCCAGUAUUAUGUAGUUUCCAAUAACCCAAAAUCAAAAUGAGUAUGUGUGUGUAUAUAUCUCACAAGAACAUUUUAUUAUCUUGAGCUGAGGUGUUACACUAACAUUUUGGGAUUCUUAAAUUUAAAGCUAAUGUAUAAAUAAACCAUACUUAACCAUACACCAUACAUUAAAAAGCAAAGAAAGUGCAGUUUGCACCAUUACUGGUAAUAAUUUAAUGUAUUGUAGUGUCAGACAGUAGCUAUAAAAAUCUGUGCAAAUUAGAACUGAAAUAUCCAGUAUGAAAAUAUUAUAAUAAAAUAAUGCAAGAAAGUCAGAAGAGAUUGAAAAAAUCUACACAGAGUGCAUUAAAAGCAUACCCAGACAUUAAGAAAUACAGGCACUGAACUUCCUGUCAUUCAGUGCACAAAUAAAAAGGAUUGUGUUAAUAAUAAUUGCUGCUAUAAUUGCCUUUCUGUCGUAAAUGUACAGUAGAUGCCUGCUAAAGAAAAAGGGAUGCAGCAAAAAAAAUGGUCUUUUAGUUUUUUGGGGAACUUUUUGACUCGGCAAAAUACAUGCUGAGGCCCGUCAUAUUCUAAUGAGCAGCCUUGACAUACGAGACGCAUAAUGUGUACAAUAUACUGUAUGACACAACUCCAUACAAGGUCAUUGAUUUAAAAGGGCAGUGCCUACCUGGAAGAAGCUGGCCACCCAUGUUAAUAACAGUGAUUCCUUCAGAUCUUACGUGAAACAGCUCAACGGGAUCUUCUGCUCAAUAUGUUCCCAGCAACCUAAUGGGCAGGAUGGAGCAAAUCACCGUUUUGUGUUCUUCAGUCUGACGCCUGGAAAUAAACACCCACAUAGCAGUAGGGUGGUCUUGUGGACUAAGCAGGACCUGCUCCAGAGGGUGUUCAGUCUACCUGGAGUGCUGACAUAUUAUAGGAAAUAAUAAUAAUAAAACACUUUUAUGGAUUAGGGUGCUCUUCUGAAUACGGCAGGUCUUUCUCCAUAUAGUUAUACGUGUGUACUGUAUAAAUACAAGGUUAUAUACUGUAUACUGUAGUCUUCUUGGGAUGUUUUAAUUGUUAUGUAUUUGUGUUCCUUUUAAUUUAGCAUCUCUUUUUAAAACGAAAUGUAAAACUGGAGAUCAGGGGCUGUGAACCCCUGUAGCUGUACACACCAGUGUUUUCCCUUUAUUUUCCAGACUCAGCAUGCUUCCCGGGAGGCCAUUUCUGCCAUGAGAGCGAUGGUGCUUGUCCUGUUCCUGCUCUGGAACGGUUGUGCUCAUGUUUCCCAUACCGGUGUGCCCAUUCAUCUGACACCCCUGUCCACGGUGUGUGCUUGCCUUUAUUCACUGUUGCAAAUAUACACAAAAAAAUUUUGAAGAGCUUACUUUCUCCUAGCGAGAACAGGAGGCACUUUUUCAUGCAAAGGGUUGUGAGAGUCUUUAAUGAGGUACCAAGCCAUGCUGUUAAACCUGAUGCCCUGAAUUAUUUUAAGAAGUAGUUGGAUAAGAUCUUGGGAUUAGUGUCUUAACAGAAACCAAACAAGCUAGAUGGGUUGAAGGGCCUUCUGUUUUCUGGAACCCCUCUGUAUUUUUGUAACUUUACUAGCCUGUAUGAAUGUGUAUAAUCUGAAUGGAAUAGCGUUGGUGGCUUGGCUCAUGUAUAGGUUAAGAAAUCACCCUUUUCACUUGUUGGCUGUUGUUUAGUAAAGGAGUUGGGAUCUGUGCUGUUGAAGGUCCUGUCUUUUGAAUCAGACAGUUGAAUUUGUCUAAGAGAUGGAAAGAUAUGGUUUUAAAAAGAAACACUUUGCAUUUUGUAUUUUUUUUCAGGUCCUUGAUAGUGUCUCAUUUAAUAAUGUUCACAUAAUGUAUCAUACUUUUCAUUUUUUCAAAAAUGGAGAGUCUUUCUUCACACUUAUGCUAUGUGAUCACAAAUCACAUUAUUGUUAUUUAUGAGUUUAUCUACUGUAUGUAGUUAAUUUAUCUAUGUAGACCCUAAAAUGAGAUAUAUCAUUAAAUGUAAGUAUGCUAUGCUCAUACACCUUAUUUUUAGUCUACAUGUAAUCUAUAUACAGUACAACCUUGCAUGAAUUACCUUCUAAAUAUAUAUUGUAAAGCAUUUACCUAAACAUCCUUAACUUGCAAAGUACAAUAGCCAAGAGUAUAACAUUCAAACAUCCAAAAAUCAGAAAUGCUUGUUUAUUCAAUCUUGUUUUAUGUCUGCUUUAAAAUAUAUCACUUUAUUUAUGUCCUAAAUAUUACAUGCUUACAUAAUAGAAAAACCAUCAUAACAAAUAUUUGUGGAGAAGUUGGUAGGGUUCUAGCUGGAUGGUUAUGGGCUCAAAUCCCAGGUGAGACACAGUUGUUGUUCCCUUGAGUGACGUGCUUCCCUCCAACUGCUCCAGUGAAAUACCCAGCUAUGUAAAUGGGUAUUUACAUAUAACUGUAAGGUGCUUUGGAUGAAAGCAUCAGCCAGAUUCAUUGCGUGAAGGCACUGCCUGUCCAUGUGAUUUUCUGGAGUCUGAUUCAAUGAAAUAUUUUUUAACCUUUCUCACUCGGAUGAUAAGAAGUGAGCAGGGUAUCUGUAACUGAUGCCCAAAGGGAUUGUGUUUUUCCCAAGUACCUUUACCAGACAGCUGCUCCCUGUUCUGUAGCUGCAUUACUUGCUCCCUGAUCAAAUCAGUCGUAUGGAAUUUUGACUCACUAAUAUGAGUAGCCUUGCCCAUCUGGCAAUAUGUAUGGUAUUAAUGGAGAAUGGGGAGCAGGCAGAAGGGAGAGAUCUCAAUCCAAUGAGAUGUGUGUUCACUGUAUGAAAUAACCUAGGCAUGUCUAGAAAACAGUGAUUAUAUACCUCUGAAAUGUCACUGCAUUCCCCAUACUCUGAAUCUUUAACCAUAUUUUCAAUGUGAAAAUAUGAUGGACGUGCAAAACAGAUUUAAGAAGAGUAACUUAUGCAUACUUAAUAGACAUUGGGGAAUUGUAUUCUCAAAAUGAUCAAAAAGUGUCCAUUUGUUUUACCAUUUAGUUUACAGUAUAUUUUUUGUGAUAGAUUGCCAGAUUAAAUUUACAGCUACACUGAAGGAAAGUCAGUCAGAAAAGGUUUGUCUCACCUGAUAUUGAAUGACAGGAUCAAAGCUGGUUCCUUGUCAGUUCAUGACUUCAUCUUUCACAGAAAUUGGCUUCAGCUGUUUAUUUGAUCUCUGACUGAAUAAGGAAGCCAGAACGAUUGCAGAUUCCAUUUUCCCAGAUAACAAUCUGAAUGUUAAGACACUCAUUUUAUUUAUUUAUAUUUUUGCUUAUUUACUUUAUAUUUUAUUUGGGGGAAAAUGAAAUAUUGCUUUAAAAGAAGAGUCUGGGACAAAAAAUAAUCCACAGUCUGUAACCCUGAAGAUGUUCUUCAGUGGGAAAAUGCAAAUAGAUGUUCCACCACUUCAGUGAAGAAAAUAAAGAAUGUUGGCAUCGCUAUGCCACUUCAGAAGCUUUCAGAUUUCUGCCAGGGGAGCCUGAGUCUUCCACAAAAGGGAGAGGCACUCAUUCCAAGUCAAUGGAACAAGCUUGUGUCAGGACCCAAAGGCAACAAUAUGACAGAAGAAAAUCUAAUGACAAGUCUUUUAGCUUGUUUUUCCAAUGCCUGUUGUCAUUGCGCUGGAUCAGAAUAAAACAUCUGGAUGAACACUUAAAUAACACUGUUUUAAGCCUGGUUUCUACUACAGCAUAUAGCGCAAGACACAACCACAUGAUGAAAGUAAAUGGACUGAAAGAGAGGCUGUAUAAUUAAAAAUGCAAAAUGUGUUCUGUGGUGUCACCAGGGAAAAAGCAGGUGUAAAAGGGAUGUUACUCACACCACACUGGUCUUCUCCGCUACUUUGUCCAUUUGUAUUCCGAUUCCAAUCCGUAAUCCAUUUCCUGUAUCCUUAAACAAUCCAAAUUCCAAAGUCCGUAUGUCCACACAAAUCCGUGCCCUAUCCAAAUCGCAACCCACAAACUGUAGUCCAUAAUCCGUAAACCGUAGUCCGUUAGUCCUUAUCCACAAUCGUAAUCCUCCUCUUCCUCCAAAAACCAUUCACCUUGUCAGCUUCCACGCUGGCUCACCGCUUCUGGGGCAUUUAUAUUUUGUUUCCUGAUGUAGCUCACCUGUGUCUCAUUGUAUCGCUGAAUAGACUUUCUCCAACAACAGGUCAGCUUAUUCUCCUUGGCGGCCAUCUUGCUCAGGUCUAUAUUAAGUAUAUUAAGUGUUUUUUUCCGGAAAUACUGGUUAUGAAUGACCCUUCCCCUGGUAAUCUUACAUUCCCUCCCCCUGAGAUCAGCCCCGUCCUCAGGCAGUCUAGAUAAAAAUAAGCAGUGCAUUCAGGAGAGGGCAUCUACAGUACAUUCCCUUGUUUCCUUGCGGGUCUAUAUACUGUUCGGAAUUGAAACCUUUGAAGACAAAGACUCCAUCCCGUAAUUCGAUUAUUUUUGUCCAUAUUUUGUAGGUUAUGAUGCAUCAUCUGUAUACAAUAUAAACUGUCUUCCUAAUAAAUAAUACCUUAAAUAGUCAAGGGCCCAUUUUAUUGCUAGACAUUCUUUUUCUAUCGUAGAAUAGUGUUUUUCUGCGGGAUUUAACUUACGACUAAUACAUACAACAGGAUGCUCCAGACCAUCAAUUUCUUGUGUGAGUAUGGCUCCAAUUCCAGUGUCAGAAGCAUCAGUUUGUACCAUGAAAGGUUUAUUUAAGUUCGGUACCUAUAAGACUGGUUGAGAAGAGAGAGUUGUUUUUAAGACUUGAAAGGCCCUCUCUUCCAAUUCGGUCCAUUUUAUUUUUUCAGGACAACUUGUCUUUGUUAAAUCAUGUAGAGGGGCGGCAAUGGAAGCAAACCCUGGAAUGAAACGGCGAUAACUCGCAAGUCCCAAAAAUGUUCGUAUUUGCCUCUUCGCAGAAGGUUUGGGACGGUUUUUAAUUAACUGCACCUUCCAGUCUUGUGGCAUGAUCAAUCCUCUCCCAAUCGUAUAACCAAGAUAAUUGGCUUCCCGGGCCCCUAAACAACAUUUCUUUGGAUUGGCUGUUAAUCCUGCUUCUCACAGAGCUCCAGUCACUGCUUCCAGGUGUUGUAGAUGUUGUUCCUAUUUCGUGCUAUGAAUUACGACGUCAUCCAAGUAGGCAGCCGCAAAACGUAAUAGACGAUUAGGUCUCAAUAUUCGGUCCAUUAACCAUUGAAACGUAGCUGGAGCACCAUGUAAACCAAAUGGUAGGACCCGAUACUGGUACAGCCUCUCAGGUAUGGCAAAAGUGGUCUUGGCUUUAUCUUCUUCAGCCAGCGGCACUUGCCAAUAUCCUUUCGUAAGAUCAAGUGUACUGAUAUAUUGGGCGUUACCUAAUAGCUCGAUUAGUUCUUCUAUACGGGGCAUAGGGUAUGCAUCAAACAGCGAGAUUUCAUUUCAACUUUUUGAAAUUGUUACAAAACCGAAUAGUUCCAUCUGGCUUUGGUAUCAAAACUAUCGGGCUAUUCUCAUAUCUAGCAUUUUUCCCACCUCCUCUUUAAUUAAUUUUCUUUUGGCUUCCGGUAUUCGACAGGGGGGUAGUCUUACCCUCUUCCCUGGUUCUGUGAUAAUCUUAUGUCGUAUAAGAAGUGUUCGACCAGGUGUCCGGGAAAAAACAUCUUUGUUUUCCCUAGGAAUUCUUGUAAUUCCUGCUUCUGAGCUGGAGCCAGGUAUCCCAUGGCUACAGCACCUGUUUCUUCUUCCAUAGGGUCAGGGGAGAAGUGGGAGAGCAGGACUUCUGUACCAUGCCAUUUCUUCAAUAAAUUUACAUGGUAGAUUUGAUGCUGCCGUCUUUUGUCAUGUUGCUUGACCUUGUAGUUAACCGGACCCACUUUUUCCACCACCUCAUUCUGGGGUUGGAACUAAGACCAAUACUUUGUCCCCAGGCUGAAAUUCUCUCACAAUAGCUCCCCUAUUAUACAUCUGUUUUUGUUGAGCCUGGGCUUUCUCCAGGUUUUCCUUCACAAUGGGAACAAUAAUGUUUAUUCUUUCUCUCAUCUGCUCCAUGUGUUCAAUGAUGCUCCCAAGAUUCUUUGGCCAAGUCUAAUAGGCCCCGUGGUUUCUGAGAGUAUAGGAAUUAAAAUGGGGAAAAUCCGUUCAAGGCCCAAGGUACUUCUCGAACGGCGAACAUGAGAUACGGGAGCAGCUGAUCCCAAUUUUUACCAUCCUUUUGCAUGGCCUUCCUCAGCAUGCUUUUCAGGGUCUUAUUAAAACGUUCGACUAGCCCGUCGGUUUGAGGGUGAUAGACCAAGGUUCAGAUCUGAUGUAUACCCAAUAGCUUACAUAAGUCUCGCAUUACUUUUGACAUAAAAAGAGUUCCUUGGUUGGUUAAGAUCUCUUUAGGAAUUCCCACCCUAGCGAAAAGUUCUUCUCCGUUACUUUGUCCAUUUGUUUUCCGAUUCCAAUCCGUAAUCCGUUUCCUGUAUCGAUUAAACAAUCCAAAUUCCAAAGUCCAUAUGUCCACACAAAUCCGCACCGUAUCCAAGUCGCAACCUACAAACCGUAGUCCGUUAUUCCUUAAUCCUUUUAACCACAAUCCUAAUCACCCUCUUCCUCCAAAAUGCAUUUACCUUGUCAGCUUCCGCGCUGGCUCACCGCUUCUGGGGCAUUUAUGUUUUGUUUCCUGAUGUAGCUCACCUGUGUCUCGUAUCGCUGAAUAUGCUUUCGCCAACAACGGGUCAGCUGAUUCUCCUUAGCGGCCAUCUUGCUCAGGUCUAUAUUAAGUACUGUAUAUUAAGUGUUUCAUUCCGGAAAUACUGGUUAUGAAUGACCCUUCCCCUGGUCAUCUUACAGUUCAAGCGCAGUAAGGUUUGCUACUUCUUUUUUAUGUUGACGUGCCAGUAUUUGUCUUGAUUUUAUACUGUCUAAAAAAA